AUGAAUAGUUGCUCAGGAACGGUCACAGUCCUGGGCUCCUUGUGUUUGAUCACAUUGCAGGCCCCUCCGGGAGAAGUGGCUGAAGCGGUGAAGGCGGCCAUCACCCUGGGGUACCGGCACUUCGACUGUGCUUACUUGUACCACAACGAAAGUGAAGUUGGAAUGGGGAUCAAUGCCAAGAUCAAGGAGGGUGAGGUGAGGAGAGAGGAGCUGUUCAUCGUCAGUAAGUUGUGGUGCACCUACCACAAGAAGUCUUUGGUGAAAACAGCAUGCACCAACACUCUGAAGGCCUUGAACUUGGAUUACCUGGACCUCUACCUCAUACACUGGCCCAUGGGCUUCAAGCCCGGGGAAAAAGAUGUACCACUGGAUUGCAGUGGCAGGGUCAUACCCAGUAACACCAGCUUCCUAGACACUUGGGAGGCCAUGGAGGACCUGGUGAUUGAGGGUCUGGUGAAGCACAUUGGAGUGUCAAACUUUAACCACGAACAGCUCGAGAGACUUUUAAAUAAGCCUGGAUUGAGAUUCAGGCCACUAACAAACCAGAUUGAAUGCCAUCCAUACCUUAAUCAGAAGAGUCUGAUUGAGUUUUGCCAUGAAAGAAAUGUGUCUGUGACUGCAUACCGUCCUCUCGGUGGCUCAAGAAACGGUGUUGAGUUGAUGGAUAAUCUUGUCGUUCAGAAGAUAGCAAGGAAGCACGGGAAGUCCCCUGCUCAGAUUUUGAUCCGAUUUCAGAUCCAAAGGAAUUUGAUAGUGAUUCCCAAAUCUGUCACCCCAAGUCGGAUUAGGGAGAAUAUCCAGGUAUUUGAUUUUGAAUUAACAGAAAAAGACAUGGAGGAGCUACUCAGCCUGAACAAGAACCUCCGUUUGGCCACAUUCCCUACAACUGAAAAGCACAAGGACUAUCCUUUCCACAUAGAGUACUGAAGACAGCACUGCUCACCGCCGUUUCUGCCCAACAGAAAGAGACAACCAAGGACAUCAGCACUGAUCCACCUCCGCAAGCAUGACAACGGAGUCAGAACAAGGAGAAUCCUGCCUAGAACAGAGGACCAGUUCUCAGAAAAACAUAAAGAUCUAGGGAUGAGAGAGGGAAGUACCUCUAUGGCUGUGACUGCUACCAAGUUGUUAGAGAGAGCUAAGCACAGAGAAUAAUGUAAUUUAUGUCAGGUGGUCCUGUGGCUUCUAUUCUCUGAAAUGAGAUGCUCAUGAAU